AUGCUUUGGAGAGUUAAGCAUGGAUUCAAGUUAUGUGGAGAAAAGCUUCAAUGCUUGUUGUCGUCACAUGCUCUCUCUGGUAAAAUGUCUGGUCUGACCAACCAGUCAUUUGCAAUUCUAGAUUUGAGUAAUGAUGAUGCAAGUGAAGAAGUGGAACCAUUCUUGACCAUUGCUCCAACAUUCAGACCCAUGACCACGCGAAGUUAG